AUGCAGGACCGCCACCGUGUCCCCGGUCCACCGGAGAGUAUCUUCUACAUCCCCAACUUCAUCACGAAAGCAGAAGAAGCCAAGAUUUUGGAAAGCAUCCCGCCGAAUAAAUGGAUCGCGCUCUCCCAUCGUCGCCUCCAGGCCUGGCCUGCCCGGCUCACGGCAACUAACACUCUCAUCACCUCCUCCUCUGCAUCAUCGUUACCGUCUUGGCUUCAGGACCCAGUGGUGAGUAGGAUUCAGGCUCUGGGAGUUAUUCAGGGUUCGACGCAUGGGGAUGUGAAUCAUUGUCUUAUUAACGAGUACCUUCCCGGUCAGGGGAUUAUGCCGCAUGAGGAUGGGGGGGCGUAUUGGCCUGUUGUUGCGACGGUUAGUUUGGGGGCCAGUGUGGUGUUGCACGUUACUGCUAAGAUUGCUUCUGGGCACAUGGCGGAGGGUGAGGGUGAGAGUCGUAAGGAGGGUGAGGGUGUUGAGGAGGAAAGUAGAAAUGAAGGGAGUUGGCGGAUCCUGCAGGAACCCCGGUCUUUGCUCGUGACGUUCGGGGCUGCUUAUACGGAGACGUUACAUGGGAUUGCGGAGGUGGAGGAGGAUGUGGGGUUGCGGGAGGGGACGGUGGCGAAUUGGAAUCUAUUGGGGGAUCGGGAGGGGAUUGUGAAGGCUGGUGGGAGGAAUGUGAGGGGGACGAGGGUUAGUUUGACUUUAAGGGAUGUGAGGAAGGUCUCGAAGCUGGGUGGGAAGUUGUUUGGGAAGGGCAGGAGUUGA